AUGGCAGCUUUCUUUUCAUUAGGAACACCAGGGAGUAGUAGUUCACAAAACCAGGAAAGUAGUAAUUCAGAAACCCAGUUUAUUAAUUACAAUAAUAAUAAUAAUAAUAAUAAUAAUAAUAAUAAUAAUAAUAAUAAUAGUAAUGCUACACCGGGUUUAUUAGUUUAUUCAUCAAGAAAUAAUAAUAGUGGUGAAGAGAUUUACCCAAAGGGAAGUUUUGAGAUAUGGCAACAAUACGUGCAGGUACACCAUCAUCACCAUGCUCCAAAGCUUCAACUUCAUCAAGAUCAUCAUCAUCAUCGUCAUCAACAACAUGCGUUUUUAUCGGGGGAAUCACAGCCGUCUAUUGUGGUGGGUCCAUCUAAUAGGAGGAUUUUUAGCAUUGAUGAUUAUCAUCAUAAUAAUAUAAACAAUAAUAAUAAUAAUAAUAAUAAUAAUAACAAUACAGUAAUAUCUAGUGGUAUAAAUAGUAGUAGUAGAUCAGGGUUUAGGCAAUUGAGUAGUGGUGGUGUUAUAAGUGGUGGUAUGAAUUGUCAAGAUUGUGGAAAUCAAUCUAAGAAAGAUUGUGCUCAUUUGAGGUGUAGGACUUGUUGUAAGAGUAGAGGCUUUGAUUGUCCUACUCACGUGAAAAGCACGUGGGUUCCCGCUGCUAAACGCCGUGAACGUCAACAGCAGCUUGCAAGUCUUCAACAAUCACCACAGUCCCAUAUCAUGCGAUCAUCUAGUGGUGGUGAAAAACGUACGCGAGAACACCGGAGUACUUCUCGCGCUCUUGCUCAUACGCCAGGGUUAGAGAUGAGUAAUUUCCCAGCAGAGCUAAAUCGAGCAGCAACAUUCCGAUGCGUAAAAGUGAGUGCAAUGGAAGAUCCAGAAGAACAAUUUGCAUAUCAAACUGCAGUUAACAUAGGUGGGCAUAUUUUCAAGGGUAUACUCUAUGAUCAAGGCCCAGAAAAUCGUUACGGCGGUAGCGGUGGUGGUGGAGAGAGUUCUUCAGGUGGAAUAACACUACAACAACAGCAGCAUCAACAUGGGGUGAUGUUACCCGCCGCUACCACCACCAGUGACCUUAUGGGCACGGUUGGUAUUAGUGGUGGUAAUGCUGUUGAUCCUAUGGCAAAUCUAGGUACUACUACUACUACUUCAGUUUAUGCUACUCCUAUCAAUGCUUUUCUAGCUGGUACGCAAUUUUUCCCACCUCCAAGAUCUUGAAUAUCGAUAUUAUUCUCUAGUCUCUACCUUAAUGAUUUAUCCAUCUAUCAUUUGCUGAUUAUUAGAAAUUCUAAGUAUGAAAGAAAUUAAGAAAAUUGUAGUUUAAUGUAUGCGAGAUCAGAUGAGAUGUUGAGCUACUAGGAGAGAUUUGAUUUAUGACUUUGGUUAAUUAUUAUUGUGAACUUGGGAAGUCUCAAAGAAUGAAAUCUUAUUUCUUUUUAUUUUUAUGUUUAUUGGGAUGGAUUAUGGAUUUGUUAUGAGUAUUGGA